UUAAAAGUCCCUUCCAACUCUACAGAUUCUUUGAUUCUAUUUAAAAUGGAAGUUUCACUCUUUCAAAUUUGAUGCCUAUGCAUAUGAACAAAGGUUGUAGGUGUGUAGAUUGACUUUCAAAUUCCCUUAACUCACGAGUAAUGCUGUCAAAACUGAGUUAUAUGUAAUUUAGAACUUAAUAACUGUAAAAAUUCUUCUCUUUCCCUUCCUUCACUGCUGCAUGAAAACAACAUGUAAAUUGGCAUCUUUAUUUCUGAAGGUGUUAUUGUUGCACAGGACAGUAAGCCUGUUGUGGUAAGCCUUUGUCUUAUUUAGUGUGCACUGGAAUUUUGUUCUGAAACAUAUUUGCAACAGAAAGACCUGAAACUAAGUAAGAGAUUUAAGAGCACACAGAAAUCCAGUACAAUUGUUUUGUUUUGAUACAAUCUUUAAAAUAGUAAGUGCUGGUAUUGCUAAAGUUUAAACAAAAUGGAGCAGGGAGAUCUUGGGUAAGAGAUGGUGCUGAAAUUUCCGGAUGCUUUCCCUUCCAGACCUGUAUGUUGUUUUGAAUGAACAAAAAAGGAAAUGCAGUACUGCUGUUUGGUCUGAGCUCUGACACUUCUUAAAGCAGAUUUUCUUCCUGGCUUCAGCAGUAUCCACACCCCAGGAGUUCUUUUCAGCGGCCUGCUGCUCUUAUUCCAUGUUCAGAAGUAGAAGCAUGCAAGUAGAAUUGGUUGGUUGCUGCACUGAAUUAAUUUUUGAGUAGUGAGACCAGUGUGCAUUGGCAACAAGACCAACGGCAUCUUUGUUCAGUGCCAUUUCUUUAUUAUAGCUGAAUAAAUUGGUAACUGGCUGCACAUCUGCUGUUUACUGUUACUCUAAUGAACUAUUUCUUGUGAAUACACGGUAACAUCUGUUACAGAAAGGUAGGUGACAGAACUUUAAUUAAACAGACUGUAAAGUAUGAUUUGAGUUUAAUUAAACAGCGUAAUUGAAAUACCGAAGUGUCUUUACAUUCAGGAAGUAGUAAUCACCUAUGGUCUCUUUUCUAAUCACCUGUGGACUCUUUUCUAGGACACUUUUUUUUUUUUUCUCUGCUUCUGCUGAUUGACUUGGUCAGAAAUUCAUUUGGUGCCAUUCUCUUGAGGCUCUGACAGAUCGCUGUGUGAGGAGCACCGUGCAAACAUGGCAUUUUCCAACACGGCUGAGCAGAAAUGCUCAGCAUGGUUUAGAAGCUCACUUGUAAUAACAGAGUGCUUGUUUACCUUUGCUUGUGUGCCUUUACUGAAUAUGCUUUAGUUAUACCAUUCUUUUUUCCCUUUUCUAUUUUAUUGGAAGCACUUUUACGUACUCUGUUUUUAGCUUCUGUGAAUUCAGCUUCAUUUAUUCAGGAAGCUAUUCCCAUCCUUCCUGGUGAUAUUUCACACUGCUUGCCCUAUUUGUAAGGGGGUAGGAGGAAAUGAAUGCAACUUCUCGGAACCCACUUGUAACACUUGAAUGUUCUGAUUAACCCUGUGUGACUAAUGAUAUGUCAGGGGUCAUUUUAAUGCCUUUUUUCUUAGUUUGCUUGACUCAGAUUUGUCGCGCAGCCUUGACGUGUGUUCCCAACUCCAUUGCCCCCUUCCCGUCAUCUGCUGUGUUCUAACUACAGAUGUUUCAAAAAUGUGAAAUACUUUGCUUUGUGUACUACUGACUGUUUCACUAAUCAAUAUUUAAUGUGGUUUUCAUAGGAUAUGUAACAUGACACUGAUAUUCUGGACAGUUUAUUGUAGGAGCCUCUGUGAAGCUGUUUUUUUGAAGUAAUGCCAAUAGAAAGUGGAAGUUGUGCAUCUGCUCGCCAAGCAAAGCAGAAACGCAAAUCGCACAGUCUUUCAAUCCGAAGAACCAACAGUUCUGAGCAAGAACGGGCAGGACUGCAGAGAGACAUGUUGGAAGGGCAGGAUUCUAAACUACCAUCUUCUGUUCGGAACACACUCCUUGAACUUUUUGGACAAAUAGAGCGGGAGUUUGAAAAUUUAUAUAUUGAAAAUUUGGAACUACGUAGAGAGAUUGAUACACUUAAUGAGCGUUUAGCAGCUGAAGGACAGACAAUUGAUGGAGCUGAACUGAGCAAAGGACAACUGAAAACAAAAGCCAGCCAUAGCACCAGUCAACUUUCUCAGAAAUUAAAGACAACUUACAAGGCAUCUACUAGCAAGAUUGUAUCCAGUUUUAAAACUACAACAUCAAGAGCAAUCUGUCAACUGGUAAAGGAAUACGUUGGCCACAGGGAUGGCAUUUGGGAUGUCAGUGUUGCAAAAACUCAGCCAGUGGUUUUGGGAACUGCAUCUGCUGAUCAUACUGCUUUGCUGUGGAGCAUAGAAACGGGGAAGUGCCUUGUCAAGUACGUAGGGCAUGUUGGAUCAGUAAAUUCGAUAAAGUUUCAUCCAACUGAGCAAGUGGCUCUUACAGCAUCUGGAGACCAGACAGCUCACAUCUGGAGAUACAUAGUACAGUUGCCUACACCUCAGCCAACUGCAGACUGCAAUCAAGUGUCUGGAGAAGAUGAAUUUGAGUUCUCGGAUAAAGAUGAACCAGAUGGAGAUGGAGAUGGUUCUAGUGAUUGUCCCACUGUCAGAGCCCCAUUAACUUCACUCAAAAGUCAUCAAGGAGUGGUCAUAGCAGCUGACUGGCUUGUUGGGGGGAAGCAAGCUGUGACGGCCUCGUGGGAUAGGACAGCAAACCUGUAUGAUGUAGAGACUUCUGAAUUAGUCCAUUCUCUUACAGGGCAUGACCAAGAACUAACGCACUGUUGUACACAUCCCACCCAGCGUCUUGUGGUGACAUCAUCACGUGAUACAACUUUCCGUCUGUGGGAUUUCAGAGAUCCUUCUAUCCAUUCUGUGAAUGUCUUUCAGGGCCACACAGACACUGUGACAUCUGCAGUUUUCACUGUGGGAGACAAUGUUGUUUCUGGUAGUGAUGACCGCACUGUAAAAGUUUGGGAUUUGAAAAACAUGAGGUCUCCUAUUGCUACCAUUCGUACAGAUUCUGCAGUAAAUAGGAUUAAUGUAUGUGUUGGCCAAAGAAUCAUUGCCCUUCCACACGACAACCGACAGGUUAGGUUAUUUGACAUGUCAGGAGUGCGAUUAGCACGCCUCCCUCGCAGUAAUAGACAGGGCCACAGAAGAAUGGUGUGCUGCUCAGCCUGGAGUGAAGACCACCCAAUAUGUAACCUCUUCACCUGUGGAUUUGAUCGUCAGGCUAUUGGCUGGAACAUCAAUAUCCCUGCUUUGUUACAAGAAAAGUGAAAUGCUGGAAGAAUUUUUGCUUUUUAUGUUGCCGUGGACUGCUGUACUUCUGCAGACUUCUCUGAAUACCGGUCUGCUAUUGGUCUAAAAGCUCUUCCUUAAAUGGAGACUUCAGCAGAUGUUGUUCUUGUUACCACAUUGUGCACAGUUUGCAUGAGUUGUACAGAAAAUGUGUAUUUUUUUUUAAAUUAGUUUGUCCUGUGUAUGAACUUUUAUAUUUUGGCAUCCACUGGUCAAUAUGUUCACUGUUGCAUAGAACACAUAAAUGUUCAUAAGUUAUUUAGCAUUUGAUAGAUAAACAGUAGGGCAUUACAUUUGUGACAUAAAUGUGAAACUGAUGUAGUUAAUGUAGAGAGUGUAUAGCAGUCUGUUACAUUUUUCCAUGAUCUACAUAUCUGCCUUGUGUUAAAAAGAAUCUGCAGGGCUAAAAGUUUGAAAUGAAGUGUGAAUUUCACUAGUUGUAUGAUUGUAAACAUUUUCCUGUUUGCAUCUGAUUGGAACAGUUAUUUUUAGUGCUGCAGUAUAGUGCUACUUCAACUCCAUUUUCAGUCCAGUUAUGGGAGAAAUAGUAGACUUGAGAAGGAAAAUAUAAACAACUUGUAGUGAUUA